AGGAGCGAACCGAUAAGCCUUCACUCCUUUCCCUCCAACGCCAUCCCGCUCUCCCGCUAUUGGCCAUCCUCGGAGGAGGACGAUGGCCAUCCUCUCCCUCCCCAAGGGCCUAUGCUCCCUAAGGCCUCGCACUCCUCGGUUCUCCUUCCUCCGGUCGACGUCGGCCACGACCGACGUCCCUUUCAUCCUCUUCCCUUCCCACUGCUUGCGCCCGUGCUUCUUUCAUUCCACCAGGGGAGUCAGCGUUUCCGUUGCGCGGACAAUCUCUUCCGACUCUUCCCUGUCAUCGCUAUCUUCGCAGAAGGAUGAUAAUUCGAAAUCGCUGGCAUUCACGGCUCCUACAUUUCAACAGGCGAUACAACGCUUGCAGGACUAUUGGGCGUCGGUUGGGUGCGCUAUCAUGCAAUGCAGCAACACCGAGGUGGGAGCGGGAACAAUGAAUCCGUUGACGUUUCUGAGGGUUCUUGGACCAGAACCAUGGAAUGUUGCGUAUGUCGAACCUAGCAUAAGGCCGGAUGAUAGCCGUUAUGGGGAUAAUCCAAAUAGGCUUCAACGCCACACUCAAUUUCAGGUUAUAUUAAAGCCAGACCCAGGAAAUUCUCAGGAACUUUAUAUUAGGAGCCUCUCAGCACUUGGGAUUAAUGUAAAAGAGCAUGAUAUUCGCUUUGUGGAGGACAACUGGGAAAGCCCGGUUCUAGGUGCUUGGGGAUUGGGAUGGGAAGUUUGGAUGGAUGGUAUGGAGAUUACACAAUUCACCUACUUUCAACAGGCUGGGAGCAUACCAUUGAUGCCUGUGUCGGUGGAGAUAACUUAUGGACUUGAGCGUAUCCUUAUGUUACUUCAGGGUGUAGAUCAUUUUAAAAAAAUUCAAUAUGCUGCGGACAUCACCUAUGGCGAGCUCUUUCUUGAGAACGAGAAGGAGAUGAGUGCAUAUUAUCUGGAACGUGCGAGUGUUGAUCAUAUCCAAAGACAUUUUGAAUUUUUUGAGGAGGAAGCUCGUGCUUUAUUAUCACAAGGCCUUGCAAUUCCUGCGUAUGAUCAGCUUCUCAAGACAUCUCAUUCUUUUAACAUUUUAGAUGCUAGAGGCUUCGUUGGUGUUACUGAACGUGCCCGGUACUUUGGUCGCAUGCGCAGCUUGGCGCGCCAUUGUGCCCAGCUCUGGGUGAAGACUCGUGAGUCUUUGGGUUUUCCAUUGGGCUCAGUUUCUGAACCCAAGAUUCUUGCUGAUCCGAAAGAAAUUAUUCAGGCAGAAAUGGAAAAGGUAUCAAGAGAUUCCAGAGGAUUCAUUCUUGAGGUAGGAACUGAAGAGAUGCCACCACAAGAUGUUACUGAUGCAGGUCAACAACUUAAAAAUUUAUUGGUGGAACUUCUGGAGAAACAAAGAUUGAACCAUGGCGAGGUGUCAAUGUUUGGUACUCCACGUCGGAUUGUGGUUCAGGUUGACCGGGUUAGUUCUACACAGUAUGAAACUGAACUAGAAGUUCGUGGUCCACCUGUGGAGAAGGCUUUUGACAUGAAAGGGAAUCCCACAAAGGCAGCUGAGGGAUUCUGCCGUAGGUAUGGUGUGCCAUUGGAUGCAGUGUUCAGAAAAACUGAUGGGAAAUCAACUUAUCUUUAUGUUAAAACAAGGGAGCCUGUUCGGAAUGCUUUUGAGGUAUUGGCAGAAUCUUUACCGAAUAUCAUUUCGAGCAUAUCUUUUCCAAAGUCAAUGCGGUGGAGUUCUCAGACUGAAGACCUUCACGGCAGCCGGCACACGGUCACCGGAGAAGGCAGCCGAUGGCGACGGCGACGACCGGAGGAGCAGCCGAUGGGCGAAGAGGAGGCAAUGCCGCAAAUGCAAUCUCUCGAGUCUCGACGGGCGACGGUGACGACGGAAGGUCGAAAAGUCAUGUUUAGCAGGCCUAUACGAUGGAUUCUAGCACUUCAUGGUGAUGUUCUUGUGCCAUUUGUGUAUGCAGGAAUUUUAAGUGGAAAGGUAUCGCAUGGGCUUCGCAAUUCACCAUCAGCCACUGUGAAGAUCGAUUAUGCAGAAGAGUAUCCAACUACUCUUAUGAAAGCUGGGAUUUUGGUCAAAACUGAGGAGAGGAAGAGAAAGAUAGUGGAAAGUUCACGUUCAUUAGCUGAAAGUGUUAAUGGAAGUCUACUUCUAAAAGAAAGCUUGCUUGAUGAGGUCGUUAAUUUGGUUGAAGCACCAUUACCAAUACUCGGAAGCUUUGAUGAGUCUUUCUUAGAGCUACCACGAGAUCUACUUGUCAUGGUUAUGCAAAAGCAUCAGAGAUAUUUUGCAAUAGAAGAUUUGACAAGUGGGAAGCUGUUACCUUUCUUCAUUGCUGUGGCCAAUGGAGUGAUAGAUGAGAAUGUUGUGAGAAAAGGAAACGAGGCUGUCCUCAGGGCUCGCUAUGAAGAUGCUAAGUUUUUCUACAAUAUGGAUAGGCAGAAAAGGCUUACAGAGUUUAGAGAUCAACUGAAAGGAAUACUUUUCCAUGAGAAGCUAGGAACUGUCUUGGACAAAACAAGACGAAUCCAAGAGACAGUACCUAAAUUGGGAACCUUUUUGGGCUUGGAUGAAGGUGUGCUGCCUAUAGUUCAAGAUGCUGCAUCCUUAGCUAUGGCAGAUCUAGCCACAUCUGUAGUGACAGAGUUUACCUCUUUGUCUGGGAUAAUGGCUCGCCAUUAUGCUUUGCAUGAUGGUUAUUCUGAGCAGAUUGCAGAGGCCUUGUAUGAAAUUGUGCUUCCUCGUUUUUCUGGAGAUAUAGUUCCAAAAACUGACCCUGGAAUAGUCUUGGCAGUUGCUGAUAGAUUAGAUAGUCUUGUUGGUUUGUUUGCAGUUGGUUGUCAACCAACUUCUAGUAAUGACCCUUUUGGUCUAAGAAGGAUUUCAUAUGGACUUGUUCAAGUGUUAGUUGAAAACAAAAAGAAUUUGGAUUUGCGAAAUGCUCUGCAGUUGGUAGCAGAUGUUCAACCUGUACAAGUGGGAUAUGAUGUUUUACAUGAGGUUCAUUAUUUUGUCACACGUAGAUUGGAGCAGCUUCUGGUGGAUAGUGGGGUAAGUGCUGAGGUUGUUCGUUCUGUACUUUCAGAGCGUGCUAAUUGGCCAUAUUUGGCUGCAAAAACAGCAAAAAGGAUGGAAGACUUGUCUAGAGAAGGCCAUUUGCAGAAAAUUGUGGAAGCCUACUCUCGGCCAACAAGAAUUCUUCGGGGCAAAGAUGUUGAUCAUGAUGUGAAGGUUGAGACAUCUAGAUUUGGGUCUAAAGAAGAGCAUGCUCUUUGGGUUGCACUUCAGGCUGUGGAGGCCAAAAUUCAUGGAGAAAUUGAAAUCGAUGAUUUUGUGGAGAUAUCUUCCGUUCUGUUGCAGCCACUGGAGGAUUUCUUUAACAAUGUGUUUGUAAUGGUGGACGAUGAAGGAGUCAGGAAGAAUAGGCUUGCACUCCUUAAGAGAAUUGCAAAUCUUCCAAGAGGUAUUGCAGAUCUCACAGUUUUGCCAGGAUUUUAGGACUUGUUUUUCCAUUUUCUUGCCAUUCUUUUUCAUAAUAAUCUAAAUUCAAUGAACUUCGUGUAUAAUAUUUGGAUUUGUACAUUAUAGCCGUCAUUAAAUACGGCUCGGCUCUUCAUGACAGUUUGCUCUUUUGUAUGAUCAGCUACGCAAAGAAGUGUACCCUUGGAUCUUUUUUCGCAUGUAAUAAAGCUUUUUGUCCUCGAAAAUAA